CAACGACAAUGAAAUCAACAUUUAAAACAACAGAAUCACCUUUGUUCAUUACAGAAUCAUCAUUACCAUUUGGUGCAAGACAUACAAAAUUUCGUCAUCAAACCAGUAAAUUAAAAAAUUUGGAUAGAAAAUCUUUAUCUUUAUUACAGGAACGUGAACAAACAAUAACAACAACAACAACAGCUUCACCAAUAACAGCGGUAACAACAACAUCGACAGCUGCAACGACGAUAAUGGCAACAAUAAGACAGCCAAUACAACAACAACGGAAAUAUAGUGGUGUCAAAGGCGGAGGAAAUGGUCGUGGAAAUGUUAAUGGUGAAUUGUCAAAAUUUAGUCGUGUUAUACAGGAACAUAAAGCUAAAUCAUCAUUGUCGAUUGCCAAUCAAUGGAAUAAUCAUCAUUUUCAUCAACAAAAACCACAACUACAACAACAACAACAAAAACAGAAACUGAAACAAAAACAAAAACAACAAAUUCAUUCACCAGCAAAAAUAUCCGAUAAUAAUAAUGUGGCAACAAAAUUUACACGACAUAAAUUUGCCCAUCAAAGUCAAUUGACUAGGACAACACAGCUUCCACAAUUAUUAUCAACAUCAUCGAUAUUGACCAAUGGCCAUUCAUCAUCAUCAUCAUCGAAAUCAUCAUCACCGAAAUCAUCAUCACCAAAAUCAUUACGUUUUCAAUCAUCACCAACAAUGAUGAUAAUGUCGUCUUUGAUAACACCGGCACCAAUGCGAAUAUCAACACGUCCGGGUAAAUAUUAUCGUACUUGAAACACACAAAUACAUCAUCAUCAUCAGCGUCAGCAUCUAAAUUUUGGAAUAAAUUUUUUUUUUGGUUUUAAUUCAAAACACAGCCACCAGACACACAAUUUUAGAAAAUUGUUCACUCAU